CGAGGCCCUCCCCGGACGGCGUCCCCCGUCUCACUGAGCGGUCGUGUCGGCGCCGCAGCCCCACUUCUGCCAAGGCGGCGUCCCCUCCUGCUAGCGUACCGCCCGCACGCCGUCUGGUCGCCACACGCCGCUAACUCCCCGCGCUGCUCACAGAUGUCGCGGCCGCGCCGGCCGGCUCGCUGCUGCGCAUCCCCGGCCCUCAUGCUCUUAUUUACGGUUUGUUUAUAGUCGUGCAUCGUCACAUGGGCGCUCGGUGGGGCCAAGCGCGCUCCGACUGCUCGUAAUUUAUCCGGACGGCGACGGUGGUCGGACGCUCGGAGUGGGUGCAGGGCUCGCGCAGGGUCCGCGGGUCGGGCCAGCCUCGUUGCGGCCGCUUCCACUCUCAUUAUCUUGUUAACCUCCACUCAUGCGCCCAUUCCUAUUGGUUGCUGUCGGUCACGUGUUAGUAUUCCGAGCCCAUAUAUGGAGUAAUGUGCAAGUGCUAGAGAGGUUUCCCUUCGAGUAGUGUCGCCAUAAUCCAUCAACAUUGGGUGGAACAGUGGACAGAACUGCACUCGUGGAGCAAAUCACUUGCGGACUUACGCGAUGAGCUCCUAUCAGUUCGUGAACUCUAUGUCCGCCUGCUACGGGCAGCGCGGACAGGACGCCAGUGGUGUGAACACAGACUACUACGGAGCCUCCGUCAAUAGUUACAACAACUGCUAUUCGCCUCCACUACAGCAGUACGGAGGUUACACACCGUCGGGACUCUCGGCUGUCCCGAACGGCAGCGAGUUCCCUGGAGGAGGCAGUGCGGGCGUCGUAGUGACUUCGGCGUCGGCGGGAGGAUCGUCAGUAGGCACUCCGAGCGGCUCUGGCGGCAACACUACGCCCGGGCCCUCCGUGCAGGGGCGCCUCCACCAGACCUCCACCUCGCCUGCCGCCACGCCGCAGGCCUCCUCCUCCGCCUCCUGCAAAUUCGCCCCCACGCCAGAGUCGUCGACGGCGAACCCGGUCGGCUCCCCGCAGGACCUGUCCGUCUCCGCCGGCGGCAACGGGCCGGGCUCGAGCAGCUCCGGAAGCGGCUCCGAGCAGAACAGCUCUAGUCAGGGCGGCGGGGGCGGCAGCAGCAACUCCGGCGGAGGAGGCGAAGGAGCCGAAGGAGGAGAGAGUCUGGAGGGCGCCUCUGGAAGCGCGGGAGGCUCGUCCUCCGGGAAGACCGCCCCUCAGAUCUACCCGUGGAUGAAGAGAGUGCACCUCGGCCAGAAUCAGAAGGAAGGCGGAAAAGGUACAGUGAACUCCAACGGCGAGACGAAGCGACAGAGAACGUCCUACACGCGGUAUCAGACCCUCGAGCUGGAGAAGGAAUUCCACUUCAACCGCUACCUGACGCGCCGGCGGAGGAUAGAGAUCGCCCACGCCCUCUGUCUCACCGAGCGACAGAUCAAAAUCUGGUUCCAGAACCGCCGGAUGAAGUGGAAGAAGGAGCACAAGAUGGCCAGCAUGAACGCGGGUAUGGGUAUGCAUCCCCAGGCGUAUCAGCACAUGCAUCACCAAAUGAUGCAUCCCCACCAUCUUCACCCUCAUCUGGCGGACUUGGAAACGAAAGGCUACUACUAGGGGUCUGCCUGGUCGUGGUAACUCAUAUGCAGAUGCUGUAGCCAGCGAGAGUGGAUGGCUACACUAUUCGGUAUGAGAUACUGCGACUAGGGUGUACAGGUAGACUACUGCUAUUCGUCACUCGCGGCCUGGAAAAAGGACUACGGACUACUGAACGACGCUUUUUGAACUUACGAAGAAAAACUAUUGUGUGUGUGUGUGUUUUUUUUUUUUUUU